UUCUUCUCCUCUGCUCGCGGACCAGCCGUCUGUCCUCCAUCACACUUUUGUCUUCAUCUGGCGAACAACAAAGCGUCCAUCUUACGAACCACAAAGCGUCCAUCUUACGAACGCCUCCAUCAGACUUCCUGUCCGAGCACGCGCGCGCGCCCCCCUCCACUACCACGACGACACGCACGCCGCGGUGGGCGCGCACGGGAGGAGCGCCAGGACAGAGAUGUAGUGUGUGUGGAGCAUCAUGCACCUCCUCCUCCUGCUGAUGAUCCUGCACCCCCCAGCAGCCAUCGCACAGAUUGAUCCAGCGCACUGUCGCUAUGCCUUGGGCAUGGAGGAUGGGCGGAUCAAGGAUGAUGACAUCACAGCUUCCAGCCAAUGGCACGAGACCACAGGGCCGCAGUACGCCAGGUUGAACCGUGAGGACGGCGACGGCGCCUGGUGUCCCGAAGGUCAACUGGAAGCCACCGACUCCCAGUUCCUGCAGGUGGACUUGCGGCGUCUCACCUUUCUGACGGUGGUGGCCACUCAGGGGCGCUACGCCAGGAACGGCAUCGAGUUCGCCCACGCCUACAGCCUCAACUACAGCCGGGACGGUGUCACCUGGAAGUCAUGGACCAACCGCCUGGGAAACAUGGUGAUGGAAGGCAACAAGAACGCUUACGAGCCCGUCAUCAACGACCUGCACCCCCCCGUGGUCACGCGCUGGGUGCGCCUCAUCCCGCUCACCGAGCUGUCCACCGUCUGCAUGAGGGCGGAGCUUUACGGCUGCCCGUGGGAGGACGGCCUGAUCUCCUACAGCGCCCCCGAGGGUCAGCUGAUGGCGCCGCCCGGCUCCCCCAUGGCCAGCCUGAAUGACUCCACCUACGACGGCGUGCACGAGAAGAGGCAGUUGUUUGGCGGCCUGGGCCAGCUGACGGACGGCGUGACGGGCCUGGACGACUUCCUGAUGACGCGCCAGUACCACGUGUGGCCCGGCUACGACUACCUGGGCUGGAAGAACCACUCGCUGGGCGGCGGCGGCGGACACGUAGAGAUGGAGUUUGUCUUCGACCAGCAGAGGAACUUCACCUCCAUGAAGGUCCACAGCAACAACAUGUUCACUCGAGGCGUCAAGAUCUUCUCCUCCGUCUCCUGCUGGUUCAAGCCCCGCCUGCUCGCUAACUGGGAGGCGGAGCCUGUGGUCUUCAACACGGUGCUGGACGACCGCAACCCGAGCUCCCGCUACGUGACCGUGCCGCUGGAGCGCCACACCGCCGUGUCGCUGCGCUGCCGCUUCUACUUUGCUGACGUGUGGAUGAUGUUCAGCGAGAUCUCCUUCCAGUCGGAAGACUCCAUCUUAGCCGCCACGCCGCCAUCAGCAAGUGACCACAGCACCGUCACGGCCACACCCGCCGCCAAUCCCUCCGCCAGCGACGCGCCCGAUGACGGCAAGACACCCGUUCUGAUUGGCUGCCUGGUGACCAUCAUCCUGCUGCUGGUCAUCAUCAUCUUCCUCAUCCUGUGGUGCCAGUACGUGUGCAAGGUCCUGGAGAAGGCUCCACGCAGGAUCCUGGGCGAGGAGGUGAGGGUGCGACUGUCGUCCUGCAGCGACACCAUCAUCAUGCAGACCCCCCCUGUGCCCCCCCGCUCUGGACACGCCCCCCCAGGCCCCGCCCAAACGGACCCUCACUACGAGAGGGUGUUCCUGUUGGACCCUCAGUACCAGAACCCGGCGGCGCUGAGGAACAAGCUGCCGGAACUCUCCCAGAGCGCGGAAGCCUCAGCGUGCGGGGGGGGCUACGCCGAGCCCGACAUCACCCAGUGCACGCCGCACCAGUGUUUCCAUAGCAACGCCCCCCACUACGCGGAGACGGACAUUGUGCGCCUGCAGGGCGUGACGGGCAGCAACAUGUACGCCGUGCCCGCCCUCACCGUGGACUCUCUCACCAGGAAGGACAUCUCCGCCUCCGAGUUCCCGCGGCAACAGCUGAUCUUCCGGGAGAAGCUGGGGGAGGGGCAGUUUGGAGAGGUCCACCUGUGCGAGGCCGAGGGUCUGGCGGAGUUCCUGGGCGAGGGGUCACCCCUCCCUGACAGAGACGGGCGUGCCGUGCUGGUGGCGGUGAAGCAGCUGAGGGCGGACGCCACCAUCCAGGCCAGGAACGACUUCCUGAAGGAGAUCAAGAUCAUGUCUCGCCUGAACGACGCCAACAUCGUCCGGCUGCUGUGCGUGUGCGUGACCUCUGACCCCCUGUGCAUGGUGACAGAGUACAUGGAGAAUGGCGACCUCAACAUGUUCCUGUCGCAGCGGGAGAUGGAGAGCACGCUGACGCACGCCAACAACAUCCCCUCUGUCAGCCUGUCGGACCUGCUGCACAUGUCGGUGCAGAUCUCCUCAGGGAUGAAGUACUUGGCCUCCCUCAACUUUGUGCACCGAGACCUGGCCACCAGGAACUGUCUGCUGGACCGCCGCCUCACCAUGAAGAUCUCAGACUUUGGCAUGAGUCGCAACUUGUACAGCAGCGACUAUUACCGCAUCCAGGGCAGGGCGGUGCUGCCCAUCAGGUGGAUGGCCUGGGAGAGCAUCCUGCUGGGUAAGUUCACCACGGCCAGCGACGUUUGGGCCUUUGGAGUCACCUUGUGGGAGAUCUUCACGCUGUGCAAGGAGCAGCCCUACAGCCUGCUGACUGACGAGCAGGUCAUAGCCAACACUGGCGAGUUCUUCAGGAACCAGGGCAGACAGGUGUUCCUGUAUGCUCCUCCCCUCUGCCCCCCCUCCCUCUUUGAGCUGAUGAUGCGUUGCUGGAGGCGGGACAUCCCUGACAGGCCCACCUUUGAGGGGCUCUACCAGGCCCUCAAGCCUCACGUCAGCCAGAAGUGAGCGCUUGACAUGGCGACAUAACGGCCAGGUCUUCAGCGUCCUGAGCCGGGCGUCCCGCUACCAGCCGGCGGCCAGGAGCGGAGGUGGAGGAGGUGGAGGAGGCCUGGUGCUGCUGGGCG